AUGUCACAAUAUAUUUCAAUCAAAAUAUUUACAUUUCUUCGUUCGCGGACUGCGGCAGAAAAUACUAAUUCAAGUUCGUUUUUUCGUUGAAACAAUGUCACGACAACUGGUACAGCAACUUGGUUUCCUUAAUUCUAAGAAAACCUUAUUCCUACUCUGCGAUGUCCAAGAAAAGUUUCGUCCGGCGAUCAAGAACUUUGAUUCGAUGGUGAAAAAUACACAAAAAUUGAUUAGUGCUGGGAAAAGUCUUGAAGUGCCGCUAAUAUGCACCGAACAAUAUCCUGAAAAGCUCGGAAACAUUGUUAAAGAGCUGGACAUCAAACAUGCUAGUGGCGUUUAUCCAAAGUCCCUAUUCAGCAUGGCCAUUCCAGAAAUCAAUUCAAAGAUAAACGAAUUAUUUGGUUCCAAUUUGGAGAGCGUUGUCAUCUUUGGAAUUGAGGCACAUAUUUGUGUGGAGCAAACCGCAAUGGAUUUUCGGGCACAAGGAAUCGAGGUGCAUGUAGUAGCGGACUGUUCACUGUCUCGUUCACUCGAUGACAGGACGUUGGCAUUCGAACGAUUGAAACAAAUUGGCUGUUUCGUAACUACAAGCGAAAAUGUCAUCUUUAAACUGCUGAAAACCAAAGAUAAUCCCAAGUUCAAUGAUGUGAGAAAGUAUGUUUCCGAGGUUUCGGCUGAUACUGGACUGUCCAAGUUGUAAAAUUGAAGGAUUGAAAAUCAAAGAGAGACUACUUGAGAAAUUUAUUGUUAUGUGGCUAAAUUGCACAAUAAAAAUGUUGGGUAAAUUUUGAGGUUC